AUUAACCAUCGAUUAUUGUAUGGAAGGAAAAUAUAUGAUCCCGAUAUUAUGACAUGCUGGUAGUACGUACGUGCGUACGUAAUACUGGCUAGACUAUAUAUUUUUAACAAUAAUUUUGUUUAUUUAACUGAAGCAAUUAUUAAGUAUAAUGUAAACGCUGGAGAAAUUACGUAAUACAAAUAAACAAUGGACAAGCCUGCGCGAUGCCCUUCAUUUAAAUUGUAACUAGAAUGAGAGUUUUUAUUAAAAUACCCAGUAAUAUUCCAAGGUGAUCACUUGCCUUUCUCUUAGGAAGAAUUUUUUUGAUUAUUUGAUUCGCUAUUGUCGGCUUGAAUUAAACAUGGCUUUGAAACGUCUGAGCGGCAAAAUUGCCAUAGUGACGGCUUCCACAGAUGGAAUUGGCUUAGCUAUAGCUCGUAGAUUGGGCAACGAAGGCGCAAAAGUGAUUAUUAGUAGUAGAAAAGAACCAAACGUUCUGAGGGCCACUAAAGAACUGACAGAUGAAGGAUUGGAAGUUAAAGGAUUAGUUUGUCAUGUUUCAAAUCAAGACGAAAGGAAUAAGUUGUUCGAAGAGGCAAAAAAAUUGGGGGGACUGGAUAUCUUGGUUUCCAAUGCUGCUGUUAAUCCAUUUUUUGGAGGAAUGUUGGAUUGCGACGAAAAAAUGUUUGACAAAAUAUUCGAUGUCAACGUCAAGUCCUCCUUUCUACUGGCUAGAGAGGCCUUACCAUUUUUACGCAAAAGUCAGCAGGGUAGAAUUAUUUUUAUAUCUUCAAUUUCAGCUUAUAUGGUGGAUGAUAUUUUGGGACCCUAUUCAUUCAGUAAAACUGCUUUGCUGGGUCUUACAAAGACAAUCGCAAAGCAUUUGGGUCCUGACGGGAUUACGGUGAAUUGUGUUUGCCCUGGACACAUUGAGACUAGAUUCUCUCAUGUGAUGAGAAAAACUGAUGAAAUUAUGAAAGAGGAGUUAAAAAAAAUCCCCAUGGGAAGGUUGGGUCAGGCUCACGAAAUAGCCCCACUUAUAGCAUUUUUGGCAUCCGAAGAUGGGUCUUACAUUACCGGCGAGAAUAUAGUUGCAGCAGGCGGUUUGAAAACCAGAAUUUAAUAUUUGUUAUAUUUUAUAAUUUUUAAUAUUACAAAUACAAUAAAU